AUGAAUUACGUGAAGAAAAGGCUCUACGUACUCAUUCCUAACGGCUAUGAAUAUUUUUUUUUAUAAAAUCAUCAGAAAAACUACGAAAGGAGAGGUGAAGUUCAUCUGAAAGGUCUAAAACUGUGCAUAUGCGCGACUUUAGAGGAUAAACGACUACAGUUUUUAUUUAUACUGCAUGAGGCAGUGAGGACAGCAUGGCUUCAGAGUGGGACGAACACCAGGCCUAUGAAGAGCUUCUAUAUUGGGACGAACUGAUCCAACAAGGCCACCGUCUUCUGCCUGAGGAUUUUGACAGAUACGAGGAGCUGCGAUAUUGGUACGACUGUCUGUGCUACGAGGAGGAGCUGAGGCAGUACCAUGAAUACAUUGCUGCAGUUCAAAACUUGGAGGAUGAACGACAGCUUGAGGAGCUUAUGGCACCUUCAAAACAAACUGGGCCUCAGAAUCACCUCGUGAUGACAAAGCACUCUGAAGUGUAUCCUUCAGCUGAGGAGCUAGAAGCUGUGCAAAUGAUCAUUUCUGAUGUGGAGCAUGCUUUUAAAACACUCUCUGAACAGAUUGAUGGUGGGAGAGGCGAAGAGCGAGUUUUGCGUGCUCUUAUGAGGGUCGGUCUGGUUGCUAAAGGACUCCUCCUGAAAGGAGAUAAUGAACUGGAACUGGUGCUGCUUUGCUCUAGCUGGCCUACAAUCACUUUAUUUAAUGAAGUCACUGAACAGUUAACUAAACAGCUCGAGUUAGUUUCAGCUGGAACAUAUACAGUAAGCUCACGUCCAGAGGAAGCGGCCAUUGUUGUGACCAGUAGCAAGGAGUCUGUCCCGACUCUCGUCAUCAACCUGACAUCACCUCUGGUCCGGGCGGAGCAGCAGACUAACGUCGCUGAGGCAGAGGGGAACGAAACGCAAACGGUCAACGAUCCGCCGGACGUUCUGGACAGGCAGAAAUGCCUAACUGCCUUGGCGUCUCUCCGCCACGCCAAGUGGUUCCAGGCUAAAGUCAGCAAUCUCAGUUCUGCAGUCACUGUGAUCCGAGUAAUGAGGGAUUUGUGUAAACGGGUUCCCGAUUGGUCACCCCUCUCAGAAUGGUCUCUUGAACUGCUGGUAGAGAAAGCCGUCAGUACAUCUGAGCGGCCAAUGGCAGUAGGUGAAUCCUUCCGCAGAGUUUUAGAGUGCGUCGCCUCUGGGAUCCUACUGGAAGACGGCCCCGGUAUAAGGGACCCAUGUGAAAAGGAAGAUGCUGACGCCACUGCAAAUCUGACUGAGCAGCAGCGUGAAGACAUAACAAAGAGUGCUCAGUUUGCUUUGAGGCUGUGGGCUUUUGGACAGAUGUACAAGGUGUUGGGGAUGGACAACAAACCUUAUAAAUCCCAAAAAUUUUUGAAAUACACCCGCAAAGACGGCACAGGUCAGAUGACUCCUGCUUCUCAAUACUUCCUCCCGGCUAAGAGGCCUUACUCGGCAGUGGAGAAGGAUGAGGACGAGUCGACCUCGAAAAGCAAAGAGAAGAAAUUUGAGAAAGGCUUUCUAAAGAAACAUUUUGACCCCAACAUAAAUCCUGUGAUGCGUCUAAACCAGUAUCAGUCUCGCCUGGAGUAUCGGCUUAUCUCUCAAACCGGUCCGGUCCAUGAGCCGGUGUUUACCAUGUCUGUGGAUGUGAAGGGAAAGACCUACGAGGCGUCGGGACCGUCUAAGCGAGCUGCCAAGCUGAACGUCGCCAUCAAGGCCCUGAAAGAUCUUGGUCUUCCUACAGGCCUGGAGUCAAAAUCAGAGCUGAGUGGCGAUACUGAAAGCUCUCAGAAAUCUGACUCUUCGGCAGCUUCUACCGCAGCAGACGAGAUUGGUCAGGGUCCCCUCUUGACUAAAAACGGGAAGAACCCUGUGAUGGAGCUCAACGAGAAGCGGCGCAGCCUGAAGUAUGUGGUGCUUAAAGAGACUGGAAGGUCCAGCGCCAAGUCCUUCGUCAUGCAGGUGGAAGUGGAUGGGCAGAAGUUUCAAGGGAAAGGCUCCAAUAAAAAGGAAGCAAAGGCUCACGCUGCCCUGGCUGCUUUGGAAAAGUUAUUCCCAAAUGAUGACGACGCUUCAGACGGCAACCGAAUGUCUGCAAAGAAGAAGGUUAUCUACACCGACAUGCACAUCCCAGGAUUUGGCACAAUCCGUGGUAUUCCAUCAGAUACUGGGUCUCGAAGCUGGGGUCCCAACAGAGGGGGCCAACCCAGGGGCCGGGGCAGAGGUCGGGGCCAACCUUUCGGCACCGGACCCAGCUAUAACACAACUAACUACAGCUAUGAGAGCAGCGCUGGGACAGGCUACCACAAACUUUAUGCUAACAAUGCUGCCAGCAACACUAGCAAAAACACCAAUGUGGCUGAAUCGGACGGCAGCACAGGCUACGGUACAUUUUACCCAGAGAGCAGCACCACCUACUCCUCCCCACCCGUACCCAGCACCAGCGACACAAAGGGACAAAGCUACCGCUCCAUGCCCCCACCUGUUGACCAGCAGAGCCCAUAUAGCUACGGAUAUGGCGAGGAAAAGAAGAAGAUGCUGACCCAAAGCAAUCCUGUGGUCCAGGGAGGAAACUCCUCCACAUACAGCACAGCCUAUCCUACUUCUGUUACAGCAGGGCAUUCAUAUGAUUACGGCUGGGGGAACCAGGUCAACUGGGGGAAUCAACAGGGAUUUGACACCUACCAGAACUAUAUUGGACAAAACCAGGGCCAGUACUCUGGAUACACAAAUUACUGACGCUUUCAAAUAACAACACUGUUUCUUCACAGUUUUUAAAGUCCGUGUCCUCUGUGUUGUUGAUAAUCCAGAGAACCCUCAUGCUUUUUCAUUUCGUUUCAUCACGUGGAUGAUUUUAGUUGACAUUUGGUGAAACAAGUUUCUUUUAACAUCGUCACAACAGUUUGAAACUGUUUUGUUUCUGUUCUUCAUCAGGAUGUAAUUCUGAUUUAAGGAUUUGUUGGUGUCAAUAAAGAUGCUCUAUCCUUGGUCUAAGAAAACAAGUUUCAGGUAACUCCUUUUGAAAAAGGUUUGUGGCUAAAUAAAUACCUUUAGACAAUAAUAAAUUGACAGAGCAAGGGGUAAGGGUCAGGUAAACUCACCUUUGUCUUUUGACCUUGCAGCCAAUAGUAAAUAGUAAAUCCAUUUACUAUUGUUCCAUACAUCCAAUAUGCCCAAUGAUCAAUUCAUUCAUUCACUUUGAGUCCAUCUAUCCACCCAUCCCCUUCAUCCAGCUGGCCAUCUAUUCCAAGUUAUGUCCAAGUUAUGUCUUAGAAAUCAUUCCUCCGUCCAGUUGUCCAUCCAUACCUCUUUGCGGCUUGUUUCCAGAUUCCAUGUUUGGAUCCUAACCAGAGUAGAAAUAUGUUCAACGUACAACAGGAGCACACAUUUUUAUACUAAAUUGGGCUUAAGGGUACAGAACUGUGGGAAUUUUGAUUCUGACGAAGUUUGACAUGAAAACUUCUCUUCAAACGUUUUAAAAAAGUCUUAUGAGGCUUAAUUUAGGUUUGGAAAUAUAUAGUUUUAAAGUGAACUUAUGUCUAACUCCUGGACUUUAACGAGUGUGUUUUGUAACACGAUGAAAGACACUAAAGAGUUUCCAAGACAGACAACUAUACCCGUCCGAUUAUAUAACAUGAUCUGUUUUCCAUUAAAAAAAAUAAACAGAAAGACAAAAACUUGAGCUGGAAGCAAAGCAGGAAAAAAACGUGAUUAAUACUGAAGUGUUUAGAAGUGGAGUCUAGACACGAGCUAUAUUAACCAUUGAGGAUCACACAUGGCACCAAUCACCGCCUGG